GUCUCUCCGGGGCGCGUCGCCCCGCUCCGCCCCGCGCCUGCGCACUCGGCGGGAGCGGCCUAGCGCGAGGGUGGGCACCGGCCUCGUACGCGGCUGAGCCAUGGCGAAGAGCCUGCGGAGCAAGUGGAAGAGGAAGAUGCGGGCGGAGAAGAGGAAGAAGAACGCGCCCAAGGAGCUGGAGAGGCUCAAGAGCCUCCUGCGGGCCGACGCCGACGCCGUGAUGGAGGAGGUGAAGGAGGUGGCGGCCGUGCUGCCCCCCGCCCAGCUCCGCCAGCAGCAGGAUGACUGCAAAAUGGACAUAGGUAAUAAACGAAACAAAAAAACUCUCCUAGACCAGCAUGGACAGUACCCGGUAUGGAUGCAUUCCAGGCAGAAAAAGAAGCUUAAGGCACAGCGCUUAAAAGGGAAAAAAAAAAUCAAAGUUGGCCAAAGGCCGAGCCCAGUAGACUUGAAGAACUUUGUAAGAUCGUGAAUAUUUUACUUUCCAUAAUAAAUAUCCUAAAUAAGUACACGAUGCUUCUGUAUUUGGCCACCGAGUAUGAUUUAUGGUGUUGCGUGAACCUUUGAAGAGACUGCUAGUCCAGCAAGUGAUGAAAGCAAUGCAAAAAAGCAAGUGCCUUUGAAUAGACUAAAUGUUUGGUUAUAUGUUUUCUUGGGGGGGGGGGGUCAUCUUUUAUUUUAUGGAUGCUACAAAAAAAGAAGAAGCUGUAAAUGGUCUUGAACUGUUGUCCUUGUCAAUGUAAUUUUUCUAUUAGUAAAUUUUACCAAAGAAUUCUGUAAGCUCACUGUAUCCCUUAAGUUCUGUAAAAUAACUUUUGUCAUGCUGAUCUGUGUUGCUUGUAACGUCUGGUGAUUAACGAAAACAACCUCUUAAUAUGUAACUUAAAAGAUUACACACUGAAAUCAA